GUUGCUGUCCCAAACCUUAAUGAAGCUGUACAGGAUGCAGACUUGUUGGUUUUUGUCAUUCCUCAUCAGUUCAUUCAUAAGGUCUGCGAUGAAAUCACAGGACGAGUGCCCAAGAAAGCUCUCGGUAUAACUCUGAUAAAGGGAAUAGAUGAAGGCCCAGAGGGACUGAAACUGAUCUCUGACAUUAUUCGAGAGAAGAUGGGAAUAGACAUCAGUGUGCUGAUGGGAGCAAACAUUGCCAACGAAGUGGCAGCAGAGAAAUUCUGUGAAACCACAAUAGGCAGCAAAAUCUUGGAAAAUGGCCUUCUCUUCAAAGAACUCCUGCAGACUCCAAACUUCCGAAUAACUGUAGUAGAUGAUGCGGACACCGUUGAGCUCUGUGGUGCACUGAAGGUAAGA